GCGCGUCCUCUCUAAGACACAGUAGCCCUUCUUUCUAGAUGAUGGAACAGAAUAGAAUUGCUCAGCAUCUGUCAGUGAGUGUGGACGUCGCGUGGGAGGUACCGUAGCAGCCCCGCGCGCGCCCCGGUACGCCGGCGGCUUUCGUCGAAUGAUGAAGAGAGCAUGCAUCACGGAGUGCGUCUGCUGCGUCUGCAUCGCUCGGCAUGUCGCCCGAGAAUCCCAGCCCAGCAGGUGCUGUACCGCACUUCACACGCGCGCGUCGCGGCAGUGUCGCGCGGCUGCGACUUGUGAUAGGACGACGGCAGUGCCUACUUCACUGGGCGGGAAGCGGAUGAGUCGGAAUGUUGCAGUGAGCGAGAAUAGAUGUGAUCGGGGUCCAAUUGAAAUAUCCAGGACACGUACCAUGGGUUUGCCAGCUAAUUCCAUCAUCCCCGAAUGCAAAAGCGCGCACACUGACAGUGGAGUGUGUCGGCCUUGGUAUGCUAGGGUGUUCCAACCAAACAUUCCACCAUAACGAGGAAUGUUGAGGGCGAGUUAGCCCGACUUUUUGGUUGAGGACCGGUAGCGCGUGCGAAUCGCUCGACGGGCGAGGUCAGACAAAGGCCCGACGACCUCCGCAUGUGCACGCAUUU